ACGCAGCGCAGAGCCGCAGCAGAUCGGUUGUGUAUGUCAAAUAAUUUAUUGGGAUGGUCUGAAAAAAAAGCGCAUAGAGUUUUUGGCCCUAAUUUAUAAGUUGAAACGAAGUUUUUUGUAGCCCGGUGUUUUUUAAUUUUGUCCGUAGACGAGACGAGAGAGAGAUUUUUCUUGUUUUUCGGCCGGCGGUGCGAGAGAGACUGUGUGCGGCUGUUCUCUACACACAAAAAACAUAGAGAGACAGAAAGAAAGAGAAAAUAAACGCAGUGAUUAUUGUGGCUUGUUAAAAAAUUGACUUUGUUGUGUGCGCUCGCUGACUAUAUCCUCCCUUUCUCCCAGCUAUGAACGCUUCAGAACAUGGAUUCAAUCCCUCUUUUAAUAUGGCCACCAUCAAGCAGGUCAUCAAUGAGGCUGUGGAAAGAGUGCGAAUGCCCACACCAAUGCGGCUUCGUGACCUAAUCAGACAGAUCAGGGCAGCUAGGACAGCAGCUGAGGAGAGGAGUGUUGUGAAUAAGGAGUGCGCUUACAUCAGGUCCACCUUCAGAGAAGAGGACAUAGUGUGGAGAUGCAGGAAUAUUGCAAAGCUGCUGUAUAUCCACAUGCUGGGUUAUCCUGCGCAUUUCGGGCAGCUCGAAUGCUUGAAGCUGAUUGCAAGUCAGAGGUUUACGGAUAAGAGGAUUGGGUAUUUGGGGGCUAUGCUGCUGCUGGACGAGAGGCAGGACGUGCAUCUGCUGAUCACAAACUGCCUGAAAAAUGAUUUGAAUUCCUCGACGCAAUUCGUGAUUGGCUUGGCUUUGUGCACUUUGGGGGCGAUCGCCUCGCCGGAGAUGGCCCGAGAUUUGGCCGGAGAAGUGGAGAGGCUGAUGAAAUCCCCGAACGCUUAUAUCCGCAAGAAAGCUGCUCUGUGUGCGUAUAGGAUUAUUAAGAGAGUGCCGGAGCUUAUGGAAAUUUUCCUACCGGCCACCAGAAGCCUUCUCUCGGAAAAGAAUCAUGGUGUUUUGAUUACUGGAGUCACCUUGAUCACGGAAAUGUGCGAGAACAGUCCGGACACGUUGAACCAUUUCAAAAAAAUCGUUCCGAAUCUGGUUCGCAUCCUGAAGAAUCUUAUAUUGGCCGGGUAUUCCCCAGAGCACGACGUUUCCGGUGUCAGCGAUCCGUUUUUACAGGUAAAAAUUUUGAAAUUGUUGCGAGUUUUGGGUAAGAACGAUGUGGACGCAUCCGAAGCGAUGAACGAUAUCCUUGCUCAAGUGGCUACGAACACGGAGACUAGCAAGAACGUCGGCAACACUAUCCUAUACGAAACGGUCCUCUCCAUCAUGGACAUCAAGUCCGAGGGCGGCUUGAGAGUAUUAGCUGUUAACAUUCUAGGUAGAUUUCUGUUGAAUAAUGAUAAGAACAUCCGUUACGUGGCUCUGAACACGCUGCUGAGAACCGUGCACGUGGAUACAUCGGCCGUGCAGAGGCACAGAUCGACUAUCCUCGAGUGUCUGAAGGAUCCGGACGUGUCUAUUCGAAAACGCGCCAUGGAACUUUCAUUCGCUUUGAUCAAUACCCAGAACAUCAGGACGAUGAUGAAGGAACUGUUGACGUUCCUGGAGAAGGCAGAUCCCGAGUUCAAGGCGCAGUGCUCCUCGAACAUCGUCCUCUCCGCCGAACGUUACUCACCUAAUAAGAAAUGGCAUCUGGACACGUUGCUCAAAGUACUAGUUGCUGCUGGAAACUACGUGCGCGAUGAUGUUAUUACGUGCACGAUACAGCUGAUUUCCGAGACCACCUCGCAGCAGGCCUACAUUACCUUGCAGCUGUGGAAGGCCCUUUCGGAGGAUGUGACCGACAAGCAGCCGCUGAUCUCUGUUGCCACGUGGGCCAUCGGUGAAUUUGGGGAUCUGCUCUUAUCCGCCUCCGUGGAAGACACCAGUGACGUUGUGAAACCCUCAGAGGAUGAGGUCAUCGAUUUGUACCAGAAACUGCUGUGGUCGCCACAAAACAACACCGUCACCAAGCAGUACACACUCACUUCAUUGACGAAACUCAGCACAAGAUUCACUUCGACCAAUAAAAUUCAACAAAUCGUCAGCACGUUUUCAUCGAGCUUAAACAUUGAACUGCAGCAAAGGGGCGUGGAAUUCUCGCAGCUCUUCGGAAAGCACGAAAGCUUGAGGUCCGCCCUCCUGGAACGAAUGCCUCCGAUGGAGCUGAACCGUCAGACCGACGAUGAGAUGCAGACGAACGGAGAAUCAGACAUGCACGAAAUGAAACUGGACGACAGUCCGCAGCAUAGGAAUACGGAAUCUAAUGCUCUUCUGGAUCUGCUGGGAAGCGAUAGCAGCGACCUGGAUAUCAUCAAACCGAACAAUCCGAUGCCCACGCAACCUGUAUCUAAUAGCAAUAAUCAGGAUCUGCUGGAUUUGCUGGGAGGUCUGGACACGCUGUCCGUAACCCCUAUGACCAACGAUACCACCAACACGGGUAUAGGCUUAAUACUGGAAAACAACAAUCCUAUUCAAAUGCCAAUCACGAAUAACUCAAAUUUCUUGACCGGCGAUUUCUUGAGCACGAACAUCCUCAGUGUAGAACAAGACUUGCCCACUCUUAAUGCUUUCGACAAGGACGGUCUGAAGAUAAUGUUCGCAUUAGAAAAGAUGGAUAACAAUACGGUUUCGAUCAACGUGACUGCGACCAACAACACGUUAUCGAAUAUGUCCGAGUUUCUGUUCCAAGCUGCUGUUCCUAAAUCAUUCCAAUUACAAAUGUUAUCUCCCUCUGGCACGGUGAUCUUACCUAACGGCGUGGUGACGCAAGUACUGAGGGUCGUGAACCCCUCGAAAAGCAUGUUGCGGAUGAGACUGCGAAUUUCCUAUUCCAUUGAUGGUAACCAGGUGCAAGAGCAGACCGAGGUGAAUACCUUCCCCACGGACAUCUGGGAUUGACGAAUGCUUGGCUAAAUGGACGAAGAAGGGAAGUGAAGGGCGGGCGUCGAGGUGAGAGAUCGGGCGGGUCAUUUGAAAAAAAAAAAGGUUUUUUUAUAUACAUAUAUAUAUAUAUACAUAUUCCUUUAUUUCGAGUUAAUUUAAAUUUUUAAUUUCCGAUGCAAAAGCAAAUGUUUGUUAAUAAUAAGAGUAUAAGAGCAAAAUACGGAUUCACCUAAAUUCACUAUAAGUCUAUAAACAAGUCUGUACAUUUCGAUACCGACACAAAAAGAAAUAUCUAUAUAUAUAUAUUUUUUUUGUUCUUGUUGAUUUUUAUUUUUCUCUCCAAUCGUUAGAUUUAGUUGAAUU